AUGGCUGGCCGGUUUGAUGGAAAUAGUAUUCAACGUACAGAUGAAUUGUUACGUUCAUGGGACGAGACACAUUCACGACUACGUAAGUAGCAGUAUGAUUGGAUUACGUUUUUGUUCUUUUUUCAAGUGCGCAGAGUACGAUUUCAGCACUAUUCCCUAUCGACCUCUUCAUCACCACACUUUUAUACAGGUUUACUUCGGCCACAAAUCUUUCAUUGAUUAAGAGGCGGCAUUACAAGUGUACAUGUGUGAGCAAGUAUACAGGUCACCAUCAUCAACGCAGCUGACCGAAACAAUGAAUAAAAAGAGAAAAGGGAAAGGAGGACAAUAAGGUUAUCUCUAUUGACCAGUGAUCUAUCGUUCACAAAUUACUACAUAGUCUCUUUUUAUAUCUUUCUUUUCUUUUCUCUUCUUUCCUUCUUUUUUUACUCAUGUUCUUUUUUUCCUUUCUGCCGCGAUUGGAUAAAAGAACUGAUAUUGAUGAUAUUGUUCGAUACUGAACGUAUGAAACUGAUCAAACUAGAUGAAUCGUAUACA